AUGGUUGAUUCGGACACAGAACAAAUUAAUAACUUAGUUUAAGCAAUUUAAGACUGUGAAAAAACAUAGGAAAAUAUAGAAUGGGUAUACACCAUAACGGAAAAAGAUUAUGAUUUAAUCAAUCUUUUUAUCAUAGCAUUUAUGGAAUAGUUUGAAGAUAUCCAAAAAGCAAACUCAAUAUUAAUCGCUUUAAAGAAACUAAAUGAGUUCGCUCCAGACCAAGUUCUGCCUUAAAUGAGAGAAAAUGAAAAAUUCCCUAUUGCUAUUUCAUAAUAUAUCAUAAAGACUUAAAAAUUAGAAGAUUUAGUUGGAGAAGCAUUCUUACUUUUAAUUGAUAUUUUCUAAGUUUCUAGCUUUAAGUCAGUUACUAAUCAGGCUUUUAUUGAAAGACUAUUUGAUUUACUGCAAAUUAUCAAUGAUGAAGAAACUUUCCAUGCAAUCAUUAAAAUAUUUAUAAAUAUUUCAUAUGAAUAUAAAAGUCCAAAAGACAAUUUGGUAAUCAGAGUAGCAUCUUCUCAUUAAUAUUCAAGAUAUUUUAGUGAAACAAUUAUAAAAUUCUUAAAUAAAAAUGAAGAUGAUUUAAUCAUAAAAACUUUGCAAUUUAUUGAAGAUAUUUAUAAAGUACAAAGUGAUUUCUUCUACUCUCAUGAUUUUAAUGUAUUAAUUGAUGUUUGCAUUAGAGAGAUUAAUAACACUAACAAAGAAAAUUUAAGAGAAAAAUUCAUGGAAGUCUUACAUGUUUUAACUGAUACAGAUCAGUAUAAAAAGAAACAACCACGUAGAGAAUCCAUUUUUAGACUUGUUGAAACAAUGUAAUAUGCUACAGUUUCUGCAAAAUCUAAAAACAUUUCUAACGAACUUAAAGUCACUCUUGACAAAAUUUGA